CAUUAGUGAGCUUAUUUUAACCCCUUCAUAACUUGCUUUGUGUUUGACAUUAGCACUGCAUACUUGCUCACUGUUUUUGACAAUGUCAGAGGAACUGGAUCGGCUGGAGUAUUUGUCUCUGGUCUCUAAAGUGUGUACAGAACUUGACAACCAUCUUGGCCUCAAUGACAAAGACUUAGCUGAAUUCAUCAUUAAUUUGGCCGACAAGCACAGCACUUUGCCAAAGUUUAAGAAAGCGCUUUUAAAAAAUGGAGCUGAAUUCUCGGAAAGUUUUGUCUCCAACUUGCUACGUAUCAUCCAAACUAUGAGACCACCAAAACCAGAUGGGAAGAAGAAGAAACUGAAGGAGGGGGAGGAGGAGAGAGGAGGAGAGGAUCAGGCGGAACCUUUAAAUCCUGAGGAGAAGCAAAAGAGAAAGAGGUUUCCUGGCCUGUGUAUACCGGAUGGGCCAGUGGAGGAUCCUGUCAUGACCAAAGAAGAGAAGGACUCGGCCAUGGCUGCAAUGAACGAACUUGAAGCUCUUAUGAAUCCGUCAAUUGAUGAGGGAGCAGAAGAAAAGAGAGAUAGAGAAGGAGAGAAAAAGUCAUCAUCAUCAUCAAGUAGGAGACAUCACGACAGGAGGAGGAGGUCCCGCUCAAAAUCAACAAGUCCUGAUAGACGUCACCACCGCCAGAGGGAGAGGGACAGGGAUAGAAGACGUUCAAGGUCACGUUCCCCUCGCUCUGAUCGCUGGGACAAGAGAACGAGAAUCGAGAAACCGUCUCAACCUGAAGUAUCUCAGAUAUACGAUGGGAAGGUUAGUAGUAUAAUGCAGUUUGGAUGCUUUGUCCAGUUGGAGGGAGUAAGAGGUAGACAUGAAGGACUGGUUCAUGUAUCACAGUUACGGCAGGAGGGGCGUGUCAGAGAAGUGAGUGACGUCGUCAAACGAGGUCAGAAAGUUAAAGUCAAAGUCCUUUCAAUCACCGGGAACAAGAUGAGCCUCUCAAUAAAGGACGUUGAUCAGGAGACUGGGAGGGAUCUUAAUUAUUCUGUUAAUCGGCUCUUGUUGACGAGCGAGGAUGAGGGUGGGGCUUCUGCCAGGAAUCCUGAUCGACCAAGCAACAUGAGGCCAGGCUCUGUAAUGGAGGAGGAGGGAAAAGGGAAGAGAGGAACGACUAGAAUGACCUCUCCAGAGAAAUGGGAAAUAAAACAACUAAUAGCGGCUGGUGUGUUAGAGAAAUCCGAUUACCCUGGAUUUGACGAGGAGACUGGUAUAUUGCCUGACGAUGACGAGGGUUCUGAUGAAGAUAUUGAAAUUGAACUAGUUGACGAAGAACCUUGGUUCCUCAGGGGUCAAACGAAAUAUUCCGUCAGUCAUUCGCCAGUAAAGAUCGUCAAAAACCCUGACGGGAGUUUACAGCGAGCUGCUCAGACCCAGAGCGCCCUCUCUAAGGAGAGACGAGAGGUGAGACAGGCCCAGAGAGAAGCUGAAAUGGAUAAUGUUCCACGAGACAUCGGAAAGACUUGGAUUGAUCCAGUACCAGGGGGAGGGACUGGAGAGCGUUAUUUGGCAAACGAUUUCAAACAGAUGGUAGCUCCUCCAGAGCUUCCCGAGUGGAAGAGAGUAUCGUUUGGUGGAGUGAAGGCAUCCUACGGUAAGAAGACCCAGCUCUCUCUACUGGAGCAGAGACAGUCCCUACCGAUUUACAAACUAAAGGAUGAACUAGUUGAAGCUGUUAGGAAGAAUCAGAUACUGAUUGUUAUUGGUGAGACAGGCUCAGGAAAGACGACACAGAUCACCCAGUACUUGGCUGAGGUUGGUUUCUGUGUCAGCGGAAAGAUUGGUUGUACACAGCCACGUCGUGUGGCGGCCAUGUCAGUUUCUAAGAGAGUCUCGGAGGAAUUCGGUUGUCGUCUUGGACAAGAAGUUGGUUACACUAUUCGUUUUGAGGACUGCACCAGUCAGGAGACCAUUAUCAAGUACAUGACUGAUGGGAUGUUACUGAGGGAGUGUCUCAUUGACUCUGACCUCAAACAGUAUUCCAUUAUCAUGUUGGACGAAGCUCAUGAAAGAACCAUACACACCGACGUCCUGUUUGGACUCCUUAAGAAAGCUGUUAAGAAGAGACUUGAUUUGAAGUUAAUUGUCACGUCUGCUACAUUAGACGCUGUCAAGUUCUCUUCUUAUUUCUUUGAAGCUCCUAUAUUCACAAUACCUGGUCGUACCUAUCCGGUAGAUGUGUUAUACACAAAGGAGCCCGAGAGUGACUAUCUUGAUGCAUCUCUCAUAGCAGUGAUGCAGAUUCACCUCACGGAGCCACCUGGUGACAUACUCCUCUUCCUCACGGGACAGGAAGAGAUCGACACGGCCUGCGAGAUAUUGUACGAGAGAAUGAAAUCUCUCGGACCUGAGGUUCCAGAGCUUAUAAUCCUCCCAGUUUAUAGCGCCCUCCCAAGCGAAAUGCAAACUCGAAUAUUCGAACCGGCCCCACCCGGGAGUCGUAAAGUAGUAAUAGCUACAAAUAUAGCGGAGACAUCCCUGACAAUAGAUGGUAUCUAUUAUGUUGUUGAUCCAGGGUUUGUUAAGCAGAAGGUCUACAAUGGGAAGAGUGGAUUGGAUGCUUUGGUGGUUACUCCGAUAUCGCAGGCUCAGGCCAAGCAGAGGGCAGGGAGGGCUGGACGAACUGGCCCAGGGAAAUGUUACAGGCUUUAUACAGAGAGAGCCUAUCGCGAUGAGAUGUUACCCACUGCAGUCCCAGAGAUACAGCGGACUAAUCUUGCUGGCACUGUCAUCAGUUUAAAGGCAAUGGGUAUCAAUGAUCUACUGUCAUUUGAUUUCAUGGACCCACCCCCAAUGGAGACAAUGAUUGCUGCUAUGGAGCAGUUACACUCACUCAGUGCUCUUGAUGAUGAAGGACUCCUCACCAGAUUGGGAAGAAGGAUGGCAGAGUUCCCACUGGAGCCUCAGUUGUCAAAGAUGCUGAUCCAAUCUGUUCAUCUUGGCUGCUCUGAGGAGAUCCUUACCAUAGUCUCCAUGCUCUCAGUACAGAAUGUCUUCUAUAGGCCUAAGGAUAAGCAAGCAAUAGCCGACCAAAGGAAAGCAAAGUUCAAUCAGCCUGAAGGAGAUCACUUGACACUACUCUCUGUCUACAAUGCUUGGAAGAACAACAAGUUUUCUAACGCCUGGUGCUUCGAGAACUUCAUACAAGCGAGGACUCUUCGGAGAGCUCAGGAUGUCCGGAAGCAAAUGCUAGGAAUGAUGGACAGGCACAAGUUAGACGUAGUGUCUUGUGGAAAGAAUGUCUCACGUGUUCAGAAAGCAAUUGCUUCGGGUUUUUUUAGAAACGCUGCAAGAAAGGAUCCACAAGAAGGCUACAAGACUAUUACUGACAACCAGACAGUGUACAUUCAUCCAUCAAGUGCUUUAUUUAACAGACAGCCAGACUGGGUGAUAUAUCAUGAGCUGAUUCUGACCACUAAAGAGUACAUGAGAGAAACAACUGCCAUUGAUCCAAAAUGGCUGGUAGAGUUUGCUCCUGCUUAUUUCAAGUUCUCUGACCCAACGAAACUGAGCAAGAGGAAGAAACAAGAGAAAGUGGAGCCAUUGUACAACAGAUAUGAAGAAGCCAAUGCCUGGCGUAUAUCUAAGCAGAAAGUUCGAAAAUAAUGAUAAUAAUAACAGCAUGGACUUUAUCUUCCAUCUUGACAUCAUUUUUAAUUAUUAUUAUUGUAAAAUAAAGAAUAAUUGAUAAGUAUUAUUAUAAAAGUAAUCUCUUUGCAUCUUAAAUACAAC